AUGAAACAUUUUGCUAUUGAUUAUCAUUUUGUUCGUGACCUUAUUGCCAAGAAUAAGCUUAAUGUCUCUCAUGUUCUGUCUAGUCAUAAGCUUGCAGACUUGCUAACUAAGUCCCUUGUUGUCCCAAGAAACAAGUUUCUCAUAUCCAAUAUUGGAGUCAUCGAAUCCUCCUCCAUCUUGCUCACAAGUUCAAUGCCAGAUAUCGUAUCUCCUUCUUUUUCAUCUUUUUCCGAUCAAACCCUAACCAUGGAUCACUCUUCAGGAAAAGAAAAUGAGCGCAAGAAGUUGACGAGUUCAGAAAAAGAAUUCGAUUUUUCAUCUCUCUCCCUACCCUUCAAUCCACCCCAACCCCAACCCCAACCAAUACUCGCUCCGUGCGCGUCAACUUUGACAUCCAUCGAUCUCAACUCCAAACCAAAAGACGACUUAGACACCGUUACUGUUACAUCUCUUUCUCGUCCCAAUCGCCGUCGUCCGUCUCGAGGGCCAGGCGAAGGAAAAAGCACGACCGUCCCUCCACCUUUCCCUUGGGCCACAAACCACCGAGCCACCGUGUACGACCGCACCCACCUCUUGAAAAACAAUAUUCGUACCAUCACGGGAAUGGUGCAGUGCAAGAGUUGCUAUAAGAAGUUCGAGAUGGGGUUUGAUUUGGAGGAGAAAUUCACUGCACUGUGCAUCUUCAUUCAGAAGAACAAAGCCACCAUGCACGAUAGGGCACCCAAGGUCUGGGUUCAUCCCGUCUUACCCAUGUGUCAGUAUUGCGGGCAAGAAAAUUGCGUAAAGCCCUUCCUUGGAAACACCAAGAAGAAGGCCAUUAAUUGGCUCUUCUUGCUGCUGGGUCAAAUGCUCGGUUGCUGCACUCUAAAUCAGUUGAAAUAUUUCUGCAAGCACACCAAAAACCAUCGAACUGGUGCCAAAGAUCGUGUUCUUUAUUCUACCUAUAUGGGUCUCUUCAAGCAGCUUGUUCCUGAAUGGUCGCUCUCAUGA